AUGUUGCUACGAAUCGCGAGACUCACUGACGAUGCUGACUACUAUGCUGGUGAAACGUCUGGGAAUGUACCACGUCCACGGUCCUACUCUGGAAAUUAUGAUGCAUACAAUAGACUCCGGACUAGCUUGAAUUUAGUUGUCAUGAUGAUAACUUGCUCUUAUGAUGUUCGUCAUAUGACGGACGAAAGCUUAACACUUUUUCACCAGAAUCGAAGGAUAUUACCUCGGAAACAGCGUCACCAUGAAUAUUCCAGUAAGGCCAAUCGACAGCUGAUCAAGAGGAAUCCGCCUUUGUCUUCUGGUGGAAUCGACCUUCGAAUCUCUUCACCCGACACUCUCACUCGAAGUGGAAAUCCUGGUCUCGUUCUCGCUCACCAACCAACUCCUUAUCUCGAUCCCGUUCACGUCAUCCUCUUGAUCGAGAGGCUCGCUCGCGUUCUCGUUCUCGAUCUCAUACUCUUUCCUCUUUACCCCGAACUCGAUCAUUUGUCAGCUCUGCCUCUUCAAGGUCCCGUUCACCUCGUCCCAUUUCGACUAUCCCAUUUCGUGAUCGGGACCGCGAACUGCAACCCAUUCAUGCUUCAUAUUCAAGCAGCAGUCCAUCUAGAGCUAGGCUCCCACCUACCAGCUCUAACCAGGCUGGUGACAGGAGUCGGAGGCGAGCGCCAUCACACUAUUCCUCUCACCACCACCAGCCGCCACCCCGUCGAGGUGAAGAUGAUCGGGACUCUCUUCCACGCCGAAGCAUUUCCCGAAGCAUGGUUGAUUCGAUACGUGGUUUAG